UCAGGAUUCCGACUGGAUCCAUCAACAAAGCAAUCAGGUGAAAAACAAGAAUAAAACCUUUUUUACAUGUUGGUGUUGGUUUUGUAGUCUCGUUUAUGUGCCGUAGACGUACAUGAGGUUAGCUUCGCAGCUGCUGAACAGAUUAUGGAAGGUUCGUCUCAGGAGAUGAAAUUGGAGGCAACCAGUCCAACCUCGUCCCAAGUUUUCUCCUUCUCAAGGGCUAGUAGUACUGGCUCCAUACAUGGAAUUAGUGCAUCCAGUGCAUCAUCUGCACAAAAUUCAGAUGAAGAGGAUGACAGUGACAGUAAAUACAACCUGAGUUAUAAAGAGCGGAGACGGGAGGCACAUACACAUGCUGAGCAGAAAAGACGAGAUGCAAUAAAGAAAGGAUAUGAUGACCUACAAACGCUUGUGCCAACAUUUCAGAAAGAUGAUGGCCUGAGUAAUGCAAAAAUCAGCAAAGCGACUGUUCUACAAAAAUCAAUCGACUACAUUCAGUUUCUCAUCCAACAGAAGAAAAAACAGGAAGAGGAACUAGAUUCCUUGCGGAAAGAAGUCAUGGCAUUAACAAUCAUGAAAGCGAAUUAUGAACACAUCGUGAAAGCACACAAAAAUACCCCUGUCUCGGGGCAGAAUCAGGUCUCCGAUGAAGUCAAAUUUCAGGUGUUUCAACAGGUUAUGGAUGGCCUGUUCCAGAGUUUCAACGCCACAAUAUCAGUUGCCAACUUUGCAGAACUUUCUGGAUGUGUCUUCAGCUGGUUAGAGGAAUACUGCAAACCACAGAGCUUGAGGGAAGUGGUACUCACGAUCUUAAGACGCGUCAACAGCCAACUCAGCAACCAGCCCCAGUUAUAGUACAUAGCCUGUGAUUUGUCGAUGAACACGUUCUUAAUCAAAAACUGUGAUGGGACUUGUGGUCUUUUGAGGCUUGUGGUCUUUUUGAGAAAACUAAGAAUAGAAUCAAUAGUGGCAAAAAUAGUGCCAUUUGGAAGUCUUCAGUUAGAGCUAUCCACAUCUAUUAUCAAUGGUCACCCACAUUUGAAAUAUGAUAGUUAUUGGUGACUUGGUGACAUUACUCACACAUUGAUCAGUACUCUGGCAGAAUUACGAUUUUUCCAAUGAAUUAGAAUGUGCCUUGGAAUCGUUUUAAACAAAUCUGUGCUGUCAAUGUCGCCUUUUAGAUGAACUGCCAGAAAAUGUACAGUGAAGCCUCUCCCAUUGAUCACCUCUGCCGUCGCAAGGCACAUUUUCCCAAAAAAUGUCAAGUGGAGGCUAAAAUCAAUUGGCCUCUUCCUUAGAGCACUGAGGCCCCACUGUACAUGUACUUGGUGAGGUACCUGUAUGUACAAAUGUAUGUUUUAGAAUCUAUUCUAUGAAGUCCGGUGCUUAAAUUUGAUUAAGAUAUGACUGAUAAUUGGGUGUAUAUUUUGCAACUGAUCUCAGUUUGGGUUCAGGCUAUCUGGUAGUAGUAGAGCUAUAUCAUUUCGAAUAUAUGUGCAGUGAAAUACUGUUAACAGAAUCCACUGUAACACGGUUAACUUCAGUGCUCUGAAGUACAUUUUGUGUUUUUUGGAUGGAAACCUGCUGUUGAUGUGUGUUUGGAGUCAGGAGUCAACCUUACAACUGGCUGUAGAGUCAUUCAUUGACUGACGAUAACUUGCAGCAUUGCAUUGGCCUGUCUCGUGUUGUUUUUUUUAAAAUCUUGUACCAUAGUUUUUGUAAAUACCCCCUAAAAUAAACUUAUUGAUAUCA